GAGAAUCCCGGAUUCACGCCGAGCGACCGGGGCGUGAGCUACACGUUCGGGUGUGACGCCCUGCGUGCCUUUCUCGACCGGUUCGGCCUCGACCUCGUCGCCAGGGCGCAUCAGGUCACGUCCACCGGAAUUUCUCCAAAUAUAUUUGAUUACAAAUUUGCGAGGUCACGGGUAGUGGAGGACGGCUACGAGUUCUUCGCGAACCGGCAGCUGGUGACGAUCUUCUCGGCGCCGAAUUACUGCGGGACGUUCGACAACGCCGGGGCGAUGAUGUCGGUGGACGCGAACCUCAUGUGCUCCUUCCAGAUCCUCAGGCCGCAGGAGGAGGAUACGAAACUGGGGAGAGGCGCGGGCGGGGGUCUCCUUCGACCCAUACUAAAUCGCUGCAUCCAGCAGGGCUCCAGCGAGAGGAGGCAGGAAGCGGGCGGGCGUCUCUCUCCGUUCGUACGAAAUGAGUGGCCCGAGGAGGGCUCCAGCGAAGGGAGGCAGGAAGCGGAAGAGCAUAUUCGAACGGAGGCCCACUCGGCGACGUUCAGCGAGGACGUGCUCAAGGACUUCAAGUUCCGGUGGAUCUCAUCGUUCGGGGACAUCAGACGGUUACGGGUUCUUCUCGAACCGCCGCCUCGUGACCGUCUUCUCGGCGCGAAUUACUGCGGGAAGUUCGACAACGCGGGUGGCAUCGUGAACGUGGACGAGGACCUCGUCUGCUCUUUUCAGAUACUCAGGGUGAGGCUGAAGCAUUAUCCGGGGGAUUAA